UUUUGCCCAUUCCGAAUUGUAACUGAAAAUAUAUUUUGUAACUAGUAGUUGUGCCAUUUUUGGCGAGUUGCGACGGAGCAUUGAAGAAAGCCUUUAAAAGCAUACACCAAUCAGAUUCACGAAUUUUGCAAGAGUUACAAAACUGCUUUCUCUGCUAAACGCAGCAAGUUAUCGACGAUCAUUAAUGCUGCGUUAAACAAUUCAGAGGCAGGAAUAAUGGGUUCCUUGCAAAUGAUCAUGCAAGUUGGUAAAAUCGCUCCAAGAAUUACUAGGAUUAUUCCAUGUGGGAUAACUACAUUAAAUCGAAAUAAAUAUUACUAUGUAAAUGAAACAAGGGAGCAAUCAUGGGAUGAUAUUAUAGACAGUACAAAUACACAUAUGUUUAUGCUUGAAAUCUGCCGAGGACUGGGGAUUGCUGUAUCUCAUAUAUUCAGAGAACCAGCAACAAUAAAUUAUCCUUUUGAAAAAGGACCUCUGAGCCCAAGAUUUAGAGGAGAACAUGCACUAAGAAGGUAUCCUUCUGGGGAAGAAAGAUGCAUUGCUUGUAAAUUAUGCGAAGCAAUAUGUCCUGCACAAGCUAUUACAAUUGAAGCAGAAGAAAGAGCGGAUGGAUCUCGACGUACUACAAGAUAUGACAUUGACAUGUCUAAAUGUAUUUAUUGCGGUUUUUGCCAGGAAGCUUGUCCUGUUGAUGCUAUUGUUGAGGGUCCAAACUUUGAAUUUUCAACUGAAACUCAUGAAGAAAUGCUAUAUAAUAAAGAAAAACUCCUGAAUAACGGAGAUAAGUGGGAAUCUGAAAUUGCAAGUAAUAUUCAUGCUGAUCAUUUGUAUCGAUAAAAACUGUACUGUAAUGUAGUCACAAUUAAUGUUCCAUGUAAGCAAGUAUUGUAUUAAAUAGUAAAAGAAUGUUAUUCUUAUUGUUAAUAUGUACGAGUAUAUAUGAGUAUAUGAAAUUACUCAAAUAGUACGAAUAAAUAUUAAACGUCAUGA